AUGAUAAGAAGGUACCUGAAGAUAUACCCAUCCAUUUACUACACCAAGCAUGUGAAGACCGCCCCCGAAGUGAAUGAGCACUCCGUGCAGUUGAAAAAGGAUUACGUGUUUAAUCAGUAUGGUGGACAAGAGGUGUUCCUAAACAAUAAGCUAAAGAAGGGACAAGACGAAAACGAAGUAAAGAGAAUCUACUACUUCAAAUUGUGGAACGCCCUGACCGAGCAUAACUUCACUCUUUUUGAAAAUACGAUUCAGCAGUUUUUAAAUGAGGGGCACAAGUAUGACGAGGUGGUCUACUCGAUUUUGAUCCACUCGUACGUGCUGAACCAUAAGAAGAAGAAUGAAAAUGCAUACCUUGUGAUAGAAGAAAUGAAGCGCAGCUACAUGCACCCGGCCAUUAUAAAAUUGAACGAGAGGAUGAUCAACUCCUUCUUAGAACUGGAAAUGAUUUUCUGCGAACCGUCCAAGAGCCUUUGGAUAAACAUAUGUCGCCUCGUUUGGGAGACGUCCAUCAAGCUCAACAGAGAAAGGAAAAGGAAGCUAAAGGAAAAGCUACAAUUAAUGCCCCCACAGGAUGUGCUAACAUUGACCAUGGAGGACUUAAAGCUUAUGUUGAAGAAGGAAUAUGAAGAUGCUUUAUUAAAUAUGGUUGACACGAUGGUGUUGGAGGACGAGUCUUCAUAUGAUCACGUACUAAUUGGAAAUGACGAAAUGGAUGAUUCGAUUGGAGAAGUAGUAGGCGGAGAGGAGGGCGCAGUUCUUACGCAGAGAACCCACCUUCCGCAAAGACUAAAUCAUCCUCUGAUAUCUCCGGCCGAAGGAAACAGCCAACACACUUACGACGAUGAGCUGUAUGAUUUUCAUAACGACUCAGCUGAUGGAAUGCACUACUACUCAAGGGAUGGCACCGAAAGCUUUAAUGCUGGUUCCCCUCUUUUAUACGGACAGGGCACCGGACAGGGUGAAGAAGAAAGUGCUUUGGGCGAUAGGGAGCUCCAAAGUUUUAUGGACGUCGGACUGGAACACCAGCUCAACGACGACGCACUCGAAAAUGAGAACGAAGAUGAAACGGACGACUCGUUUGACGAUAACGAAGACUUUGAUAUUCAGCUUUUGAAAAAGUACUACAAUUUUAAGUAG